AUGCUUUUUGACUCAUCCUUCCGCGAAAGGAGAACUUUUUACAAUGCCGCCGGCUCUGUUAGCGUACCCUUCUACAAGCAGAUAGCAGAACAAACACAUGAUAUAUUCAAAAGGUGCAAUGUCAGAGAACAUAUAUUGCGCCCCUGUCCUGUAGACAUCAGUCAUUUUUCGCGGGACUUGAAUGGCGCACCAUUAUCCUAUACAGAAAACAUUAAAUUUACUGCAAAAUUUUGGGCAAACGCUUGGAUAGACUAUGAAUCCGUCAUGAAGACACUACUUGUAAAAUUAUAUAUAUCCUUUUUUUUCAUGUGCUAG